GUUUCCAUUUUUCUAUGAAUUUAUAAAAUUCAAACUUUCUGUGUUGUAAACAUUGUGAUUUUUAUCAUUUUAAGCUUACACAUCAUAAUUCAAGAAUGUAAUUUUCCAGUGCGGUGACAAGUUAAUACAUUCAAUUCUAGCAGCAAUAUCUCGACGGAAAGGGAGGAUAACUAAUUUUCUCAUGUUGUCCUUUGCACCAACAAAAUCGAAUAUUGCGCAAUGGCACAAUACCUUUAAUUUUCACCAAUAUUAAGCAAUCGCUGAAGUUGUCGCCAAACGCCUAAUCCUGAAGACGGACACGGGACAAUGGCCGACUAUGGACAGAUUGUCAAAGGGCUUCGACUCACAUAUGAAACAGGGCGAACAAAAGACAUUCACUUCCGCCUUGGUCAACUGCGAAAUUUAGCCAGAAUGUAUCAAGAAAAUGGACCCGAUCUGAUCAGCGCAUUAAAGAAGGACCUUAGAAAACCAGACUUUGAGAGUCACAUGUAUGAAAUACUCCUGCUCUCCAGAGAUGUAAAGAACACCAUCAGUAAUCUUCAAAGCUGGGCAAAGCCUAAACACUUGCCCAGGAACUUGAUAAGUUUAAGUGACAAAAUUUACUAUGAUCAUCAACCCCAUGGAGUGGUUUUGAUAAUUGGUCCUUGGAAUUAUCCCCUACAUUUGACGCUCAUGCCCUUGGCAGCCGCGUUAGCAGCAGGCAAUUGUAUUCUCGUGAAACCAAGCGAAAUCAGCAGCGCUUGCUCUGCCUUGCUUGGUGCACUGAUUCCGAAAUAUCUUGAUCAAGAGUGUUACAAAGUUGUACAAGGAGAUGUUCUUGAGACGCAAAAAAUUAUGCAAGAAAAAUUUGAUUUUAUCUUCUUCACUGGAUCGUCGCAAGUUGGAAGAAUAAUUUAUAUGCAAGCUGCAUCAAUGGGAAUACCUGUGUGUUUGGAAUUGGGAGGGAAGUCCCCAGUUUACAUUGACAGCACGGCCAACAUACGAAUGGCUGUGGAGAGGAUUAUCUGGGCGAAAUGUGUAUGUUUCGGACAGACUUGUGUAGCCCCAGAUUACGUUUUGUGUGCCAAGGAUGUUGAGCAGCAAUUUAUAAAUGAAGCGAAAGCAGUGAUUAAAGAGUUCUUUGGAGAAAACGUUCAAAAUAGUAAGGAUUUGGGCCGUGUCAUCAAUGCGAGACAUUUUUCUAGACUUCGACAACUCCUGGAUACAACAAGAGGUCAAAUUGUUGUUGGGGGCAAAGUGGACGAGUUCGAUUUGUUCAUUGAACCAACCAUAAUUGUUGAAGUAGAUGAGCAUGAACCGUUGAUGACAGAAGAAAUUUUUGGACCAUUGUUACCAAUUUAUCGCACAAAGAAUUAUAAAGAUGCGAUAGAUUUCAUAAAUGAGAGACCCAAUCCAUUGGCUCUGUAUGUUUUUUCAACCGAUGCCAAAGUGAUCAAGUCCUUUCUCCAAAAGACAAACAGUGGAGGCGUCAGCAUCAAUGAUGCUCUUUAUCACACAAGCAUCGCCGAAGUGCCCUUUGGAGGAACCAAUGAUUCUGGUCUUGGUCAAUAUCAUGGCAAAUUCAGCUUUGACACUUUCACGCGUCCCCGAGCCAUUGUCCAUCGCAGUUUCUCCCCCUUGGAAAACAAGCUCAAUUACCAGUUCCGCUACCCACCGUACAAUGACUUAAAGUACAAAAUGCUAAACAUCGGCCUCGGACAUUAUGACAAGUUUUACUUGAGAAUGGGGUUUGUUCCAUAUUUGCUUUGUUUCGUGUUAGGACUUUUGUUUAUGUAUACUCUCCAGAUUUUUGAAGCCCAGUCCAAUACUCCAGAAGCCAAAAGUUAGCCUGUUAAGCUUUAAUACUGUGAGUAUAUGAUCCUGUCCAGUGCAUGACCAAAGUUGUUGAGAAAUAAAUUACAUGCUUACAACAAG